AUGUAUGCUACUGGAAAAGUAGCUUUCGAAGAUAAGACAGUAUAUGCUUUAGUGCAGUGUACAAGAGAUUUAUCAGCCAAUGAUUGCAGUAUGUGUCUGCAAAGUGCUAUUGGAGAUAUACCAGGUUGUUGCUAUGCCUCCAUUGGUGCACGAGUUUGGAGUCGUAGCUGUUAUUUAAGAUAUGAGUUUUAUCCAUUUUAUCUCGGUGAAACAGAAUCCACAAGUUCUUCAACUAACAAAGGAGGGAAAACUUCUGUUGUGAAUAAAAUAUUGAAUAAUCUUACUGAGAUAGCGUCUUUUAAUGUUUCCACGAACAUGUAUGCUACUGGAAAAGUAGCUUUCGAAGAUAAGACAGUAUAUGCUUUAGUGCAGUGUACAAGAGAUUUAUCAGCCAAUGAUUGCAGUAUGUGUCUGCAAAGUGCUAUUGGAGAUAUACCAGGUUGUUGCUAUGCCUCCAUUGGUGCACGAGUUUGGAGUCGUAGCUGUUAUUUAAGAUAUGAGUUUUAUCCAUUUUAUCUCGGUGAAACAGAAUCCACAAGUUCUUCAACUAACCAAGGAGGGAAAAAUAAAUCAAGCAAAAUAUGGAUGAUUACUGCUAUUGCAGUUGGGGUAGUCUUGGUGAUAAUAAUUAUCAUUUUCUACUUAUGCUUUAUCAGAAAUUGGCAAAGAAAGAACGGACAAGGUAAUAUAUCUAAUGAUUUCCCUUUUAUUGAUAUUGGUUCUCUUUGCGUGGCUACCAAAAACUUCUCCGAUUCAAAUAAGCUCGGGCAAGGUGGAUUUGGUCCUGUUUACAAGGGUAUACUUAGUGAUGGCAUGGAAGUGGCAAUCAAGAGGCUCUCAACUUGUUCUGAGCAGGGUUCAGAAGAAUUCAUUAAUGAGGUUAUGUUGAUAUUGAAACUUCAACACAAAAAUCUUGUAAAGCUUCUAGGAUUUUGUGUCGAUGGAGAAGAGAAGCUUCUUGUUUAUGAAUAUUUGCCCAAUGGUAGCCUUGAUGUCGUCCUUUUUGAGAAAAGUGCACAUCUUGAUUGGACCAAACGAGUUGAUAUAAUAAAUGGAAUAGCAAGAGGCGUUCUCUAUCUUCAUGAAGAUUCUAGACUUCAAAUAAUACAUAGAGAUCUAAAAGCAAGUAACAUAUUGUUGGACUGUGACAUGAAUCCAAAGAUUUCAGACUUUGGCAUGGCAAGGAUAUUUGCAGGAAGUGAAGGCGAAGCUAACACUACCACAAUAGUUGGCACAUAUGGAUAUAUAGCUCCAGAAUAUGCAAUGGAGGGUCUAUAUUCCAUAAAAUCCGAUGUUUUCGGCUUUGGAGUACUAUUGCUUGAGAUCAUUACAGGUAAACGUAACGCAGGUUUCUGUUACUCCAAAAGCACUUCUAGUCUACUAGCUUAUGUAUGUGUCCAUAAAUUUGUUUGUUCAUGA